AUGGAAAUCCCACCAAAGAAAUCUCACUUUUUCAAACCCAUUCUGCCAGGUUUCAAGAAUGGCCUUAAUAUACCAAUAGGUUUUUUGAAGUAUCUGAAGGGACAUGACCAUAUUGAACAUGCAAUACUGAGAAGGGCUGAUAGAAAGUGGCUGGUGAAGCUGAACGGCAGUCGAUUAGAAGAGGAUAAAUGGAAUGAGUUUGUAGAGGAGCUUAAUUUGCAAAUAGGAGAUAUUUUAGUGUUCAAACAUGAAGGAGACAUGGAAUUUGAUGUUUCCAUCUUUGAUUCAACUCAAUGUGAUAGAGAAUAUGCAGAGCAUAUGCAAACACAAGAAGAGGAGGAAGACGAGGACAAAGACGACGACGAGGAGGAAGAAGAAGAAGAAGAAGAAAGUGUUACUCAUGACAAGCUUUUUGGUCAAUCUCAUUUCGAAUGCACCAUUAGACGAUAUUGCCUUUCGAAAGGCUUCUUGUAUUUGAACUGUUUAAUGAUGCGUGGAAACGGUUAUGCACCAUGUCAGUGCGUUCCUAAACAUUUUGCAAAUGAAAACGGUCUCAUCACCAACAAGAAGUACGGUUUGAUUAUAAGAGAUGAAAGACAAAUUAGGUCGUGGAAUUUAAGGUUAAAUUCUUGCAAAACUCAAGUCUAUAUUGGAGAUGGAUGGCGCAAAUUCAGUUCUGAUAAUUGCUUAAAGGAGGGAGAUCAUAUUACAUUUGAGGUUGUUACUAGUGGAGAGACACCAAUAUGGAAAUUUCAUGUUGUUACCGAUGCAGAAACUCCCAUGAGGAAGUUUCAAGAAAUAGAUCUUAGGCUUAAGACCUCGGGCACAACUACACCGAAAUCACAAGUAGCUGCUUCAACAUCUGCUGAUGUCAACCCUCAUUUUAUAUCUACUAUUAAACCUUACACCAUCAGAAGCUCUGUUUUGUAUCUUCCAAUGAAUUUUGUGAAAUCAAAUGGCUUGAUGGAUAAAUGUGAGAUGAUUCUUGUCGAUGGAAAAAAGAGAUCAUGGUCAGUGUGGCUAGGGCGAAUGGACCCUCACUUUGGAAUUAAAAGGGGAUGGCGACAGUUCAUAAAAGCAAAUGGUAUUCAAGUAGGAGAUCCAUACAAGUUUGAACUCACCAACAAUGGCACAAUACCUACAGUGCACCUCCAUUGUGAGUAA